AUGAGUGGUCAGAGGUGUGAUGUUGCUGGAUACGCUCCAUCUAAGAUCUUCGGUAGCCUCUUCUUGGCUGUGGCCACCUUGUUCCUUUUCUCAGAAUCCGUGUCUCUGAAAGGGAAGCAGGUGAUUUUCAUGGGACUGAAGAACAAAUAUGUUUCCUUGGCCAACUGGAGUGUCCCAGAACUCUGUGAGUUCACGGUGUGUGUCGACCUCAACAAGACUGAAAAAACGGUGGAGAGCGGAACAGCCUUUUCCUACGAUAUCAGCAGCAACUCCACCAACAUUAGAGAGGUGGAGCUGGCUCUGUCCUUCCAUAAUUCCACUUUACGGAUGCUCUUCCUGGGCAGCUUCAUCAAUCUGGGAGAGUACAUUGGGGCCUACAAAAUGCACCAGAUCUGUUGCGUCUGGGACAGCCAGAAGCAUCUCCUGGAGCUCUUCUGUGAUGGGAAGAAGCUGGUAAACCAAUCCCUUCCAGAGUUCCAUUUCCGCUGUUUACGGCCCAAUGGGACAUUGGUGAUCGGGCAUUUGCACAAGAACUAUAACGGAGAACCAAUCCGGCAAUCGUCCUUCGUUGGCAUCGUGCACUACUUCCAGAUGUGGAAUGGUGUGAUAGCUCAGCAAGACCUUGAGCUUUGUCGAGAUGGAAAUGUGGUCAGCUGGGGGCAGAAUUAUUGGUUUCUGAAAGAUGCACGGACAGAGUCUGCCCAGCAUCAACGUUGUGGUGUGGAGGAAGCUCCAUCUGCCUUUCCACCAAUCACAUCUCCUGAUUCGAACGUUACAGGGAUCACCGACACCUUCUACAGUUUCCAUAUGAACUUUUCCGUGACUUGGGAGCCACCCAGGAUGUGCGAUCGCUACGACGCCAAAAAGCUUUCUGAAACUUGGAGAUCUUCUGAAUGGAAGAACGGAGAAUGGCUUUCCCGGAGAUAUUCCUCAAAGGCCAUCAUCAGGGCCAGGUCCAGCCAAAGCACACAGGAGAUCACGAGGAAGCUACAAAACACCUUGCAUGGAGAUGACACCGAAGAUCAGUUAUCCAUGAGUGUGAAGCAAAAAGAUACACAUCCAGACACAUGUUCUGAACAGACCGUCCAGUCCAACUACAAAGGGACUUAUACCUGGCGAAAGACGGCUCCCCCCAAUCUGAUGAGUUUGCCCUGUGAGGCCAACCAUGAGUUUGCAGCUUCCAGACUUUGCUGGAUUAACCUUCGAACUGAAAAAGCCUAUUGGAAGAGGUCAAACUUGACCGCCUGUCUUCUGUUGCAAAAUCUGCCAGAUAAUAUACUGGAUCUUAAAAAUGUCACCGUCACAGUCGAAAACGCUGAAGAGGUGGCAGAUCAUAUUUUAUUUCUCUUGAAUUUUUCGGAACUGAAUAAAAACAAAAUCGAGGUCCUGAUGAGCAAACUGACCGAUAUUGCCAACUCUGAAGAAAUUAGCCUGGCCCUUGCGGACAAGACACUGCAAAUCAUCAAUAUCCUUCUGGAAGAUAAAAACCAAGAGCAGGACAUGCGAACCAUGCUCAACAGAAUCUUAACUCUCAUGGAAGAAAUUGGUUUCAAGAUGACCUUCAGUGGGAGAAAUGAAUCAGUCACCUUGCCUAAGCUGGCUUUGACAGUGCUACGACCAGAUCCCAUGAACUUCCAAGGAGUUGCUUUUGGGAUCGUAUGCUACGAUUUGGAGAUCAGUCCACAGGAUGAUAGUUUGAAGAAUGAAGUUCUGAACACCUUUGUUGUAGGUGCCAGCAUUGAAAACAAGACAAUUGAAGACCUCGAGGAACCAGUCAGCAUAGUUCUGGAGCACAGAAGUCCUCAUGGGGUAGAGACAAUGCUACUGUGCACUGCGUCUUUUGGGACUUCAGUAGGAAUGGUGAGUACUGAGGACUCCAAAGAUGAAAGUUUGAGAGAUGGAGAGCAACAUCUUCAUCUGCACCUGAACAUCAGCAAGACCAAGGAGAUCGUGUUGGACAUCUGGAGGAAGAGAGCGGAACCUGCCCCACUUUACAUUGAGUGGAGCUGUGACUUAUCUCGGACACCCCUCAGCGAUGCGGAUGAGUGGGCUUUAACACUGGUGACUUAUGUGGGGUGUGGCAUUUCCUCCAUUUUCCUGGGCUUGGCGUUGUUGGUUUAUUUCUCGACUGACAAAGUCCGUGAGGACUACCCUUCCAAAAUCCUCGUCAACCUCUGCUUUGCUUUGCUGAUGCUCAACCUUGCCUUCUUGGUGAACUCUUGGCUCGCCAUGUUUCAGAAUCGUGGGCUCUGCAUCACGGUUGCUGUGACCUUGCAUUACUUCCUGCUCUCUGCUUUUACCUGGAUGGGUCUGGAAGCCGUCAACAUGUAUUUUGCCCUGGUCAAAGUCUUCAAAGUCUACAUUCCGUAUUACAUGCUCAAGUUUUCCAUAGCUGGCUGGGGAAUUCCAGCGCUUAUUGUAAUUGUGGUCCUCAGCAUCAACAGAGACUUCUAUGGGACUGAAUACACUUUGAGAAGGAGCGCUGACGGCCCAUCCAUGCAGUUUUGCUGGAUUCAGGACAACUGGGUUUCUUACAUCUCUCUAGUUGGCUAUUUCAUCCUGGUAUUCCUGAUCAACAUUAGCAUGUUUGUUACUGUCCUUUGUCAAAUCCGUGUCAUGAAAACCAACAAUCCCAGGGGCAGGAAGGACCAGAGCCAAGAAUUCCUCCUUGACUUGAAGAGAGUCAUCAGCUUGACAUUCCUGCUGGGCUUGACGUGGGGUUUUGCUUUCUUUGCAUGGGACCCCUUGAAGACUGUCUUCAUGUAUGUCUUUGCCAUUUGCAACUCCUUGCAAGGGUUCUUCAUCUUUGUCUUUUACUGCCUCAUGAAGGAUAACGUCAGGAAGCAAUGCCAGAUACAUUUCUGUUGUGGGAAAUUUCGGCUCAGCAAUUUCCAGAGGAUCAGCUCAGCCACCGUGCUGGGAAAUCUCCCUUCCAUCGUUGAGCAGAAACACUCGUGUCAUUCUUUGAAGUCCCUCAAGACUUGCACCACUGGCUGCUCCGUCUCCAAUGGCUCUGACAGUUUCCCUGAAGCAAGUCCAGACAUUGGGGUUGAAACCGAUCACGUUGCAAGCUGCAGCAACAGCCAUAUGUCCUCAGCUUCUCAGGCAGUCCAACUUCCCCGAGCGAGGAGAAUAUCGUCAGGAAAGGUUGACCUCCACCACACAGAGAAAAAUAAAGAUUUGUCUUAA